GUUGCGUUUCUGCAGUUACGCAUCUGACAGCUGCAGCAUCAGAUAGCAUCUGAAUUGAUGACAGCAAUUCUUCACCAGAACAGCACAAUACAACUGCACCCAAAGAUGCCGCAUUCCAUUCCCGGAGCAAAUUCAGCAGAAAACGACGAGGUACCUAUUGUUGCAGAGGAAAUGGAAACCGACGAAAUGCAAACAGAUGCGGAGGUCAACAAACCCAACGAGUCAAAUGUUACCCCUGCAGAAGAAAUGACAGCGGAAGAUGCGAUUGCAGAGCAGUUAAAGGACACCAAAGUCGCAGAAGCGAAACCAGAGGUCAAAUUGGAGGAUCUCUUCGCAGAUGACGAUUCAGAUGACGAGUUUGCGAGUUCCAAUAUCAAAGACACAAAAGUGUCAAGUUCACCACCAGAGGCACCCUCAUCGCCAGUGUUAGUGUAGAUGGAACUACUUGGCCAAUAGACAUAUACUAAUUUUUCGCAGAAAUAUAGGAACUCUAUCUCGAGCCACAGACACAGAUGUAAUGAGAGCCUUCUACCAGCGCUUAUUUCCCUGGCGAUCCCUUUUUCAGUGGUUGAACCACUCGCCCACCCCUUCGACAGAUUUUGGUCACCGGGAGUUCGCUUUCACGCUGCAGAACGACGCCUAUUUACGUUACCAGGCAUUUCCUACUGCAGAUCUGUAAGUUCAAUGACAUUUUAUGAGGCACUAAGCUAACGAAGAAAGUUUACGAAAAGACGUUCUCCGACUCAUGCCAUCUCGAUUUGAAAUUGGACCAGUUUACAACACGAAUCCUAGGGACAGAAAAACAUUGCGAAAAGCUUCCUCCUUCAAACCUCUAGCAAAAGAAUUAUGCUUCGAUAUCGAUUUGACUGAUUACGAUGAUAUUCGAACAUGCUGCGACAAGGCCAACAUCUGCAUCAAGUGUUGGCAAUUCAUCACAAUGGCCAUCAAGGUGAUUGAUAUUGCAUUGCGGGAUGAUUUUGGAUUCAAACAUAUUUUGUGGGUUUAUUCUGGUCGUAGAGGUGCCCACGCUUGGGUCUGUGACAAGAAAGCUCGUCAGAUGAAUGACCAGAAGAGGAGAGCAGUUGCAGGAUACCUUGAAGUCAUAAAAGGAGGGGCGCAAGGGGGCAAGAGAGUAGAUGUCAAAAGACCACUACACCCACAUGUAGCGUGAGUUUGCGCCACUUCAUCUGCUUUACGCUCAACUAAUUUUUUUUAGACGGAGUCUUGAUAUUUUAAAGUCACACUUUCAAUCCGAUAUCCUUGAAGAUCAGGAUCCCUGGGAGACAGAUGUGAAGUUUGCUCGACUCCUUGACUUACUACCAGAUAGAAGCUUGAAUGAAGCUCUGAGAAAGAAAUGGAGCUCGGCCCCUGGACGAGCUUCGUCUGCAAAGUGGGCUGAUAUUGAUGCCCUAGCCAAGUCCGGAGCAAGCAAAAACCUGGAUUCAAAAGCCCUGCUGGAAGCCAAGCAAGAUGUACUCUUGGAGUACACAUACCCCCGACUGGAUAUUGAAGUAAGCAAGCACCUCAACCAUUUACUGAAAAGUCCAUUUGUUGUGCACCCAGGAACAGGUCGAGUCUGUGUUCCGAUCAAUCCAAAGAGGCUUGGGGAUUUUGAUCCCUUGGAUGUUCCAACAGUUACGGAGCUCUUGGACGAAAUCAAUGAAUGGACUGCCCCCGAAGGAGAAGAUGGUGGAAAAGUUGUGCAGGAUUGGGAGAAGACACGAUUGAAGCCAUAUAUGGAGCACUUUAGAUCUUUCGUGGCAGUUUUGAUGAGGGAUGAGGCGGGUGUGAAGGUAAAGAGGGAGCGAGAUGAUUCAGAUGCUAUGCAGUUUUAGGGUCAGGGAUCAGAUUGUCUUCUGGGGUAAUGCGAUGGGGCGUUUGGUCUGUGUUAUGAUAC